AUGGGAAGUCAGUUGACACCUGAGAUGGAUCGAUCGUUUCUCUCAGAGACCUUUUCGGUCAAGGCUCUCGGUAGUAAUUCCACCUUGAAAGCCGAAUGCCAUUGGAGAUUUUCACCCCCUCUCUACCCCAAGAGUGUAAACGGAAAUGCUCUUCCGCAUUGCAAAUCUGUCGAUCUUGUUUUGAAUAUCACAUCCCCGGAAAAGGCCGAGACGAACGGUCGCGCGAGUCAAGGAACGGACUUUCUUGCUGACUGUACCGACACGCCAUUAGGAACCAUUAUCAACAAAUUUCUGACAUCAAAGACGCCUUACGUCGAGGGCAGCGGACCGGGCCAUACCAUCGAAGGUCUGAUCAAGGUCUUGUUGGUUCCACGUGAUGGUUACCUCUGUCGACGUGACAUUAUACAGCUGAGAAUGGUACACUCUGACUGUAUCGAGUCCGUCGUUCCCUUCCAAGUACAGGGAAAGCCUUACCCCGCGGCGCUUCAAUCAGAAACCAAUCUGCUUUCUCUCUUACAAUCCUCUCCCGGAGCUUUGAUCUGCAAACGAUCCAUCCAAUCGGCUCGUGGCCUUGAGGCCUUUGACCUUGUCGAUCGGGAAGUGAACGAGAGGCUUUCUUUUGACUGGAUAAUCCCAGACAAACCUCCAGCAUUGACCGUGGCUGUGGUUGGCGGUCGCCCUCUGUUUGAUAACACAACAGGGGGUUAUGGUUCAGAGGGACCCUUUGACGCGGCUAGAGCGCUCGGAAUAGCCGUCGUUGUCCUUGAUCGUCCUGGCCAUUUCAUGGAGGGCCCAAGAUACAGCCAUAGACGAUUUUCUGUCAAGGGCCGCAAAAUAGACGGCAUCAUCACCUUUUCGGAUGAGUAUGUCAUUGCAACUGCAAAGGCAGCCGAAAUGUUGAAUCUUGAAACUGAACCCGCCGAGUCUAUAAUCACUGCUCACUACAAGGAUGCAACCCGCAAGGUUCUCAACACUCCCAACAUGCAGUCUUUUCGACUGGAGAGUGCCGCGGACUUGGAUAAUGAAGAGAUUUCUAAGACGUUGGAAACCUUGAAGUAUCCUCUGGUGAUUAAGCCAUGCCGUGGUGGCGCUUCUCGUGGUGUCAAGAAGGUUCAGAAUCACCAAAGACUUCGGGAAGCAAUCGACCAGCUCGAAAACGACGGUCUCACGAAAUACGGGAUUCUUCUCGAGACUUACAUAAGUGGGCCAGAGAUAGAUGCCAACAUUGCUCUCUGGGGUGGUGAGCUUAUGUUCGCAGAGAUCACCGAUGAUUUCCCCUGCACAGCUGAUGCCAGCGACGCCACUAUUGCCGACAACUUUGGGGAGACAGUCAUGGUGUCACCAACACUAUUGAGUCACAAGGAGCAGACGCUAAUCAAGUCGUCUCUACACCAAACCUUGCUCAAACUUGGUUUCCAAAACGGCGUCUUCCACGUUGAAGCUAGAGUCCAGAACUCAAGCAUGCGAUACCAGGAGAUCGGCGGUCUUGUUGAUUUGGCCGACACAGACAGCCCGUCACCGAGCGAUCCUGAGGUGUAUCUCAUUGAGGUCAACGCACGCCCUCCUGGCUUAGACUGCGCGUUCUCAACCCUUCACGCUUACGGCGUAGAUCUUUGCGCGCUACAGUUACUCCAAUGCCUGAGAGAUGGCGAUCGCUUCAAGGCGAUGUGUAAGCCUUUCUUAUCUGAGACACAGUACUGGAGCGCGAACUGCCUGAUCCCAAUUCACCGCCAUAACGUACUGGUACCAGAAGGCUUCUGUGGCAAAGUCCUGGAGAGAAUGCCAGACGUUGCUCCAUUGGUUUAUAGGUCGGAGUUGUUUAGACAGCCUGGCACACUGGUAUCACCACCAUUGGGUGUCGAGUUUCUGGCUUAUUUCUUAGUGCAGUCUAGGACUGACCGACGAAAGGUGCUGCAGACCUAUCAUCGCCUGAUACAAACUUGCAGGGAUGUGUUAGAUGAGGUGUGA